AUGGAGCCCACGGCUACGGGACGGACCGAGAAAAGCUUCAGCUACGUUGUCAGAGUGCCCAGCAGUGAUGGGCUUGACAUAAUGAACGUUGAUGUGAAGAUCGACACUUGCUGGGUAUUUCAGGACUCAGAGGACAGUGGUGAGGAGCGGGGCCGUCCUGCGGACGAAGCAGCCGGAAGCCCAGAAGUGGAUACGGGCGCGCUCAGGAAGCAGCUGGAAUCCUCCAAGCGAAAGCUCUUGGCAACUGUGGACAAGUCCGUGAUGUCCAAGGCCGGGCUGAGGAGCAGAACCCAGGAGCUGGAGCUCUCCGGAAGACACCUCCUCCGGACGGUGGCGCCGCUGAGUGCCCGCGUGGCACAGGAAAGGAGCGCCGCUGCCCAAGCCCAGGAGAAGCUGCAAGCCUUGCUGGGGGAGCUGGCCAGCCAGGUUCUGGAGAAGGAGCGCGCGGCCCGGCGGCUGCGGGAGCGGCUGCGGCGCAAGGACGAGGCGCUGGGGCGGCAGGCGGCGGCCCUGGAGCGGGGCCGGCGGACCCAGCGGCUCCAGCUGGGUCUGUUGCGCGAGCAGGAGCGCGGCCUGCGGGAGCAAGUGCAGCGGCUGGAGCGGGACGUGCGGCGCCUCUGUCGCGCGGCUGGCCUCCUGUUGGCUGAGCUGGACGCCCCGGCCCCGGGCAGCCCCCGCCCCCGCCCCCUCGGCACGGCCGGCCUCCGGGGCGACCCCGGGGAGGCCGCGGAGCUGCGCGCCCUGCAGACGCGGGCGGAGCGUGGCGAGCGCGAGCGGGACGAGGCUGCUCGCCGGCUUCGGGAGCAGCGCGCCACGGAGCGCCGGCUCCGCGGGCAGCUGGAGGAUCUGCGCUGCUGCGUCUAUGAGCUCAAGCUGUCGGAGAUCGGCCUGCAGGGCCAGGUGGAGGACCUCGCCCAGCAAAACCAGAGCCUGCGCGAGGCGCUGGGGGCCCAGGCCCUGGGGGAGAGAGCGCGCAGUGCCGCCGCUGCUGGUCCCUGCAGCCCGCCGACUCCUGCUGAGCCUAGCUUGGAUGAACAGGCUCUUCUUCUCCUCUGUGGCUGCCCCCCGGGGCAGUACAGGGAUGGCUCACCCCUCCCCGUGGAGCUGGCCUGGAUUUUGGGGCGGAGGCUAGCAGCUGCCCAGGCCCAGGGGUCCUUUCUCCUGGUGCAGACGUCCACACUCCCUCCCUGGGGGCCAGCCAGAGACCCCUCUUCCCUGCUGCCGCUGCUCCAGGAGGCUUCUCCACAAGAAUCCCAAAUGCAACAGGUGCUGGAUGCCAGAGACAUAGGACAGCCGCGUCGGGAUCAUCACUGGGCAAGGAGCCCCAAAGCCCCCCUCUGCCAGGAGUCCCCAGAGACUUCAAGUUGGCAAUUUCCCAGGAGAGGGCCCAGAGAUCUGAAAGACCCUUGGAAAGACGGAGGAGGACCAGAGUGGAGAAUGGAAGAGCAGGGGGCGAGGCAGGCCUGGGGCAGGAAGGAGGAAGACGUCCACCGAGACGGGAGCAAGCUAAGUCAGGAAAGCCAAGUGAACCUGAACUUGCGGGGUGGCGUGCGCAUCGAGAACAGGGCUUUAGAAACCCAGGCCUCUGCCUCCUGCCCUUGGCCCAGGCCAAAUCUCCCAUUGCCUCUUCUACAGGAGGUCUCAGUGUCAACGGAGGGGCCCAAACCCCUGAGUAGGAGGGGGAGUGUGGGAGGGCUUUCAUCAGAGGAGGAGGAAGAGCACCCCACAGCCAGGGCCCGGGGUGCCCAGAGGCUGUCUCCAGCUGGCGCUCAGCUCCUUGCAGGGCAGGGCAAGGAGGAAACUCUUGUGUGGGCUGGAAAGGCUCUGCAUCUGCAAGAGGAAAGCCCUGGAGACGAAGGGCAAGAAGAGAAGGAGGAGGAGGCAUCGCCUCUAGAAGGGUCCAGUCUGGGCCAUGGGGAUGUCCCGGAGGAGCCUGGCCCCGUGGAACGUGCUGGCCAGGAUAUGUUCUUCUUAGUGGCAGAGGGAGGUCUGACACCGGCUCCCGGAUUGGCCUUUUCACCCAAGGGGACUGAAUCCACCAGUAACCCAUGGGCUCUGAGCAAAGAACCUGGCAGUUCUGAGCUCAGACUAGACGAAUUUGAAAAGGAGAUGGAAGCUUGUUUCCAGCAACUCUCCAUCCUGGAGCUUGAGGGUGGGGGGCAGUGGCCGCAAGCUUCCACGCUAGCGGGAGAGAGCAGGAACUUGCCUUGGAAAUGGCCCCGCUGCCAGGGGAAGGCUUACUCCCGGCAGGCUUUGGGAAACCAGGGCUUGGAUAUUUGUUUGGCCAGGGAAGUCAAACCCAGGGAGGUUAGUGAAGAGAUUAGACCAGGAGAGACGGAGGCCUUGGGAGCCAGCGCGGUUCUUCCUGGGACGGUACCUGAUUUGGAUGACGUGAGUCCGCGUCCAGAGGGGCCUGCUGAGCUGGGUCGGAAAUGGCCACCAAGAGCCCUUGAAAGGCAGAAGAGAAGGUUCCAGCAGCUCAUUUCUGGACUGAAAAAAGAGAGAGGCCAGGUUUUACAUGACAAUGCCAAGCUUCGGGGCGACCGAGAGAGAUGCCGUAGAAAACUGCGCAUCCUCGAAAAAGAGAGGGACAGAAAUGGGACAAAGAUCGCCAUGCUUGAACAGGAAAACAGCACACUGUUAGGGGACAUCUCUCACUUAAAGGAGGAGCUGGACCAAUGCUGGCAGGUCAUUUCCGAUCUUGAAGACUGCAAUGGGAAAAGUUACGGCAAAAUUUCUGAGCUCGAACAGGAGAAUGAGAAGCUGAAAAGUCACAUGGCCCAGCUUCACAAAACCACAUGGGAGAGCCUCAGAAAAUCCAAAGGUGUGAUGGAGCGCGUCACCCUGGGAAACCAGGAGCUCAAGGCACUGAUCUCGGAGCUCAGGGUCGGUUACAAGGAGCUGAUGAAGGGCGUAGUGCUGGGAAUAGACGACACGGUCCGGGCCUUCAGGGGGGAGAAUGCCCACCUUCUGCACAGGAUCCGCGUCCUGGAGACGGAAGUUGCGGUGGGGGCGAGCACCUCGGUGGGCCACGUGGUGAGAGCAGAGGAGGGUCUGCAGGGGGAAAGCAAGAUGCAGGGGGACAAGGGGAACGUUGUGGAAAGGGGGGUGCAGGUGACUCAGCUCUCAGGGCAACUGACCCCAAGAGCCCACGGGCUGCCCUUGGAGGAGAAAUCAGGUCCAGCUGACAGGUGGAUGGGGCCUUCCUUAGGCAUGGAGAAUUCCAGAUACGAUGUCAAUUCUGGCGCUCCAUCCUUGGUCUGGGGAGGUGCCAAAGUGUCCAGUGCUCCUCAAGGACACAUCAAUGGAGGAGUAAAAGAAGCACAUUUGGAAGAGGAGGAGGAAAGACCAGGGUGUUCUGUGGGCCCAGGGCAAGCUCCGACCACCCCAAGCAAUGGCCCCCAGCUGCGGGACCCAGAGGCGGACCCCCCCAUGGAGGACCUGAGGCUGCGCGUGGGGCAGCUCCAGCACCGGGUGCUGACCCUGCAGUGCCAACUCAGAGACCAGGCGUCUGCCCACUUCCAGCUGCAGGUGGCGCUCGGGGAAGCUGCCCACCUCCGGGACCAGCUCCAGGGUGAGCUUAAUGAGCUUCAGAAAAAGCAACACCUGGCUGAAUCUCUGCGCCCACACCUUCAGGCCGAGCUGGCUUCCCUGGUCCAGAAGUGCCAGGAGAGGAACCAUCUGACCACGUACCUACUGUAGGAGCUGUGCAGACACGGGGUGGAGGAUCGGCUGCUCUCUGAGAUGGCGCAGAGCAUGGGGGAUGACGUGGCGCUGGCCGAGUACACGGCCACCUUCCUGGCCCUGGGGCUCCCAGAGAUGACCAGCCACCAUCUGGAUGUCGAGUCUGAGAAGGCAGCUGUUGUAAGAGCUCAGAAAUACCUCCUGAAUCCCAAAAUGGACAGUAUCAUCAUCCAAAGACCUUUGUAUUCAGAGUCCUGGCCUGUUCCCGAGGCUGAAUGGCCAGCACAGACAGCUCGACUAGAUUCUCUGAAGCUUCCCCUGCCCUCGGGGCGGACGCCUGCUCCUGGAGUGUGCCUGGCUGCAGCUGCCUCAGAACCAGCACUCCCCGCACAGCGCCUGCAAGAGGAAGGUGGACCGUCCUGUCCCGUCCCCCGAGCUGAUGGCCUCCCGCCACCCUCUGAGCUCCUGAGUCCUGCUAGGAUCCUGGCUUUCCACAAAGAGCUUCGACAAAGCAUUUGCAGCAAUUCCCAGGUCAAUAAAUCACCACUGGAGUUAUAA